GUGUGCUUUUAUAGAAUUAUUAUUCUAGCUCUUAAUGCUUUUCAUCUGUAGAGCUCAAAGCUCUUUACAAAGAUGGUCAGUAUUAUUAUGCCCAUUUUGUAGAUGGGGAAACUGCGGCACGGAAACAUGAAAUGACUUGCCCAAGGUCAACCAACAGUAUAGUCUAUCAUCUCAAUAUAAUAAGAUGGACACGUGUGUGUUAUUUACAUACACAAUUUAUUUAGCUCUGACAAUGUGCUUGGCACUGUGCCGUCUACCCAGGUACAUCUCUGCCCUUGACUCUACAGUCGUCUAAUAGAUACACGGAAGUUUGGGAGGCAGAGGGAAAUUUAGACACGCAGAUGCCUUCGGGACAGGGCGAGGUUGUAUCUGCUCCUCGUGGGCAGUGCUGGAAUCACAAUGGAGCCCAUUGGAUCGGAGACCCAAGCGAGAGCACAAGAAUUUCACUGGGAUGUGCAGGCAUAAAUUCCCGCCUCCAACUCUGUCUGACCAAUAAUGUUCAACCCUCCUCCCUCCCUCUUUUCAGCCAGGGUCCCUCAUUCGUCCACCCUUCUGCCCUGGAGAACAGCAUGAGGUGGUUUGCUGAGCCCACGCACCUUCCUCGGCCUGCUCCCGCGAUUCAUGCACCUUCCACUCUUCAUACGGAACAGAGCAGAACUGGCCACCCCACUCAAUAGGUUGGGGCAGAAAGAGCCAGGGAGGGACACUCAGGCCCAGAGAGUACCACAGAAGGAGUUUCCCUGGCUGCCAGGGUGAUGGGCUGAUGGGGAGGGGAGUGGUGAGCUGCUAAGCAAGCCCCUGACUGUAGGAAGAAAUGAUUUUAGGGGAGUGGGGGGCAGAGACCAGCCCCAGAUGGAGCAGGAGAGAUCAUGAGGUUCUCCUAUUUGACUUUAAAAGUCAUUUACAGUCUACUCUCUCAGCAGAGAUCCCCUACAGCCUAACUAGGCAUGGACACAGACUUUCACGUUUUGCAGCCACACCCCGUUGGCCUGUGAAAUGGUCAAAUUAAGCUAAACAGGAUCAGAGCUGGUCAGUCUUUGGAUGGAAGCUUCCAGGGAAACAGGUGCUAGAAGGGGCAUUCAUUGAACAUUUAGCAAGUGGUAAUAUUUUUGUGCUUUAUAUUUUUCAAAGUGCCAUGCAAACAUUGGAUUCAUUACUGAUUAUUGCUAUCCCUGCAACAGAUAGGGAAACUGGGCUGCACAGACCAUACAAGGGAGUGAUUUGCCAAUGAACUUGCAUCAAGUCUGGUGGAGAGGGAAGUAGAACUCAGAAGUUCUUGGUUCCCAAGAGACUACUUUCUACCAAGUCAGUACUGAUACCAAAACCAGCCAUUGUGAUGCUGAGAGUGAUAGUCUGCAGAUGAGACUUAAAACAAGGGAGACUCCACAAUGCCAGCAUCCCAGAGCCGGGCCAGAGCCAGAGAGCGGAACAAUGUCCUGAACAGGGCUGAGUUCCUCUCAUUGAACCAGCCCAUGAAAGGGAACCAGGAGACCAGGAGCUCCAGCAGAAAGCAGGGCAGCCAGUCUGGUCUGGCUCCCACCCAAAACGAGGGCACCAAGGAGCGGAGGCAAUCGCAGCAGCUUCCCGAAGAGGACUGCAUGCAGCUGAACCCCUCCUUCAAGGGAAUUGCCUUCAACUCCCUGCUGGCCAUCGAUAUCUGCAUGUCCAAGAGGCUGGGGGUCUGUGCCAGCCGCGCCUCGUCCUGGGGCAGUGCCCGCUCCAUGAUCACACUCAUCGGGAUCACAGGGCAUGGCGUACCCUGGAUCGGGGGCACACUCAUCUGCCUGGUGAAGAGCAGCACGCUGGCGGGACAGGAGGUCCUCAUGAACUUGCUGCUAGCCUUACUCCUGGACAUCAUGAUUGUUGCAGGAUUGCAGAAGCUGGCCAAGCGACGAGGCCCAUACGAUGUCCACCCCGGCCUCUUGGACUAUCUGACCAUGGACAUCUAUGCUUUCCCAGCCGGCCACGCCAGCCGAGCUGCCAUGGUGUCCAAAUUCUUCCUCAACCACCUGGUUUUGGCCAUCCCACUCCGGAUCCUGCUGGUCCUCUGGGCCUUCUGCGUGGGGCUUUCCCGCAUCAUGAUUGGACGGCACCAUAUCACAGAUGUCCUGUCCGGCUUUGUCUUUGGCUACUUGCAGUUCAGGCUGGUGGAGUUGUUGUGGAUGUCUUCCAACACGUGUCAGAUGAUAAUAUCAAUCUGGUGAACACAAGAAUCCCUGACAGAAACUAGCAGACACUUUAAGAUUCUCUCUCUCACUUUUUUAAAAUAUAAUUCUUCAUAUUUAUUGGGAAAAAAAUUAACUUCCAUAAGUAGUAUUCUUUUUACUGUUGCUCCCCUGCCUUAAAAAAAAAUGUUUCUUGCAGAUGGGUAGGCUUCAGCAAUCAAGGGCCAGCCAUCACAGUAUUUUGGCCACUUUUUAAAAUCCCAUUUGGAUGGUAACCAAACUAAGCAGUAAAGAUAACAAAAUGAGUUCUCUUUGGAUGGUGCACAUCUGAUGCCCAGGUGUGUUCUCAGAAAACCGGUUAUCCCUUUGGGAUGCGUUAAUUAGCUUCUUGGAGGCAAAACGUUUUGGGGCGAAGUUCUACAGCGCUUUUUCUGUCUGCCAGCCCAACGGUUGUGUCUUGUACAGGGCCGGGCACACUGCCGGCACCUCACAGAUAAUAAAUAAUCAUAAAAGUUC